UACUUUCAUUCGUGAUUUUGUGUUCGUCACCAUGCACACUCACAACUUUGUGAUACUGCCACAUGUGCUCUUGAUAUUUUCAACAGCGGAUGCUUACUUUGGUUACGGUGUGAUCCGUUGCCUGUUUACUUCUAAAGAUGAUGUUGUUUAUCUGGCGCAAGUCUACUUGAAUAAGAUGCUUCUGGGCCAGUACAACAGCACUUUGGGGAAAUAUGUCGGCUACACAGAGAAAACUAAAGAAAUUGCAGACAAUCUCAAUAAAAACAAAGGUUUCCUGGAACAUGAGAAAAAGAACAAAGAGAAGUGCAGAACCAACAUCCCACUCGUGUUGGACAUUCUUUCAAGACCAGUGAAGCCCAUUGUCAGGCUGAGGUUAGUUGAGUCAGCAGAUAGCAAACAUCCAGGCUUGUUCAUGUGCAGCGCGUACAACUUUUAUCCCAAACAAAUCAAACUGACGUGGCUGAGGGACGGAAAGGAGGCAACAUCUAAUGUGACUUCCACUGAUGAACUACCCAACGGAAACUGGCUCUACCAGAUUCACUCCUACCUGGAGAUUUCAUCGAAACCUGGAGAGAAAAUCAGCUGCAUGGUGGAGCAUGCCAGCCUCACAGAGCCCAAGGUUUAUGACUGGGUGCCAAUAACUGAAGCAGGGAAGAAUAAGAUUGCUGUUGGUGCAGCAGGGCUGCUGCUGGCUUUGGUGUUUCCAAUUAUUGGAGUUAUUUUCUACAAGAGGAAGGCCACAGGUGAGACACAUAAACCAAAAAAACCUCGAACGACACAAUCUGAAACUGUAACUUGGGUAAUUGCAUUAGUUAAUGUAAGCAGUGUGCUGAUUAUUCCCCAUUUCACUCUAACAGUCAUUAUUCCCACUUCUAACUCUGUCACGGUUACCGUAGCAGUUGCAGUUUUUACUUUAACGUUUUAACACAUUAACACAAAAUGUCUGCAAUCUAAAAUGAAGAAAUUUCAACUCUGUUGUUUUUUAUUUAUUCUACAGGCCGAUCUAACUGAAAUAGUGGG